AUGAACUUGGAUAUAUGGCUUAAAAAUUGUGAGCGUUGCUCGGAGAAUCAGAAGUCAACGAGUAACGAUCAGUAUAAGGAAGAUGCGAAAAUGUUGGAGAAAGAGAUUCAUUUGGAGGCAGAAUCUGUUUUCCGGAAUGAUGCAUUGAAAUUAAUUACGGAAUGUGUCAAAAAGUAUGGUAUUUCAGAAACAUACAGAAUACAGCAACCGUCAUCAGAUAUUGUAUGCCUAAAAGACCAAGUACUGCAGAAUUCAAGUACAACAUUAGAAAUACAAGCUUUGCGAGAUAUAAAGUCAGGCGAGGUUACUGGUUAUAUCGAAAUGUUGAAUGAUAGAAAUACUGAAGCUGGUGAUGCAAAAACAUCAAUGUCUCUUACUAGGUCUCCAGAUCCAAAAAGUGCUUCAAAUUUUAUGGGUUCUGCAAGCAACAUUCCUUUUAUGCCCGGCGGUUUCGAUGAGGAAAUCGAAAAUGUACUUCGUUCGAAUGAUACUGGUAUUACAAUAGAUGAAAACUUGGAUGAAGAAGCAUAUCUGCGUUUUGAUGGCAAACCUUCCGUUGUGAUACCGAAAGGAGAAAAAGUGGAUCCGAUUAGGACUACUUCAUUUGCUGAAGCUGGAAAUUUAAAAUAGUGCUCUACAUCAGAAUUGCUCUUCUGCAUUCCUGGAAUGAAUGUUAAUGGUCUCACUGAAGAUGACAUUCAUGAUUUCCCUCAAAGCAGCCUUCAUUUUGCUGAUAAUAAUUUGGCUGAUUUGGUAGAAUCUGUGAAUAUCAGCAAUCUGGCUAGUUCCUCAAGAGUGGUUGAAGAUGAUUCUGAAGGCACAAAGGAGUCAUCAGAAGAAGUUGAAUCUUCAUCAAGUGGAAAAAAUGAACUACAAGUACAAAAUAGAGAAUAUUCUUAUGCUCAUGUCUUGAAUACAUCAAAAAAUGUUGACGAUUAUGAAAUACUGAAAAGUAAUAUGGCAAGAAAGUAUCCAUUUGAAUUGGAUCCAUUCCAACAACAGGCGGUUGUAUGUUUAGAUCGUGGCGAUUCUGUGUUCGUUGCCGCUCAUACUUCGGCCGGUAAAACUGUUGUUGCUGAAUAUGCUGUUGCCUUGGCAAUAUAUACAUCACCGAUAAAAGCCCUUUCAAAUCAAAAAUUUCGCGAAUUUAAGCUCAUUUUUGAGGAUGUUGGUCUCAUAACGGGUGAUAUACAAUUGCAUCCGGAAGCUUUUUGUCUUAUAAUGACAACAGAAGUUUUAAGAUCUAUGCUUUAUAAUGGAUCGGAAGUUAUUCGCGAAUUGGAAUGGGUCAUUUUUGAUGAAGUACAUUAUAUCAAUGAUGCGGAGCGCGGACAUGUUUGGGAGGAAGUGCUAAUUAUGUUACCAGCUCAUGCAAAAAUUGUUAUGUUAAGUGCUACCGUUCCUAAUUGUGUUGAGUUUGCUGAUUGGGUUGGCCGCAUUAAAAAAAAACAGAUUUAUGUGAUUAUGACUGCGCGGCGUCCUGUUCCACUGGAACACUUUUUAUAUACUGGACAAGAUGGUAAAACUAAAAAGGAUAUGUUUAAAAUUAUCGACAGCGAUGGACAGUUUGUGCAAAAAGGAUGUGAUGAUAAUGCGUAUUUGCUGCGAUCAGUUGAUUUGACUACAGAGAAGGAGAAAUCCAGUAUACAUCAUUUCUUUUCAAGAUGUAUUGCGCGCUUGAAAGGUUCCGACAAGAAUCUACCUCAGGUACUACAAAUGAAAGAAUUAUGCAAACAUGGUUUUGCAAUACAUCACAGUGGUAUUUUACCAAUCCUAAAAGAAGUCGUCGAACUGCUAUUUCAAAAAGGACUAGUUAAGGUGUUGUUUGCUACUGAAACUUUUGCGAUGGGUAUCAAUAUGCCCGCUCGGACGGUGAUUUUCGACUCUUUGCAGAAACACGAUGGCCGGCAAUUGCGUUUGUUAAAUCCUGGAGAAUAUAUUCAAAUGGCUGGUCGAGCUGGGCGACGAGGCCUAGACGCUACUGGCACCGUAAUUGUUUUAUGUAAAGGACCUUUUAUUCCCGAUUAUCUUGACUUAGUCAAUUGUAUGCAGGGCAAACCAACAAAAUUGGAGUCACGAUUUAGAGUAACGUACUCGAUGCUUCUCAAUUUGUUGCGAGUAGAGCAUUUGAGUGUGGAGGAUGUAUUAAGGAGAAGCUACGUUGAGAGUGCAUCACUCAGAUUAGCACUGACACAAAAAACACGCUUGAAAGAGAUAGAGAAACUGUUAGCAUCAAAAGAAGAUUUUAAUUGUACAGCAUGUUUUCCUGUCGAACGCCGUUCAAUUAUUGAUUAUUAUGAGAACUUAAAGAUAUUUCUACAAUCUCGAGCUGAAUUAUGGCCCGAAUUGAUUCGAUUUUCGAUUGUAGAUAAAUUGCUAUCACCGGGACGUUUAAUUAUCGUUUGUUUGCCAGAGACUGAACGAAUUGCUACUGUGGCAGUGCUUCUUAAGAUAACAACAGAUGGAAAUUCAAAGAAAAUGACUUUAUUGCUAUCGAUAGAAGAUGACCAGCAGGUUGCGGAACGGGAAAAGCGAGAAAUAGAUCGUUUCACGCGAAUGCCGCGAGAGAAACAACAAGAAAUCUAUGAAACAAGCUUAUUGCAAUAUGCAGCAUUUUACGGUCUUGAAGGUUUACCACCACAAAAAUUCUCAAAUUAUGUACGAAGAAUAGGCACUGUCUUAGAUAAUAUACCACUUGAUCGUUUGGUAGCAAUUUGUCAAAAAGCUAUAAAAAUUGAUCCACUAACUGUCAUAGAAGAUGUGAAAGCAAGAAAUCACCAGAAUCAUCGGACUAAAUCACCGGAUCAAGGGAUUCUGAAAAUAAUUAGCGAAAUUGAUAAUGUAGUAGCAAAUUGGGAUAGCACGAAAAAGGGAAAUAUCAAAUUACCGGGGCAAGACAUAAAAGUGAACGAUGUUGAUGUAUUUCAAAAAUUGCUUUCUUUGAAUGAUUUCCGCAGCUUUCUCAUAAAUGAUGCAACUUUUCAUUGUCGACAGUGUUCACUAUUUCGAGAACAUUUCAUGUAUAUACAUGAUAAAAGGAGCCUGCAAACGAAAUGCGAUGAACUCCGUUUAAAAUUGUCAACUGGUGGUUUACUCCUUUCACAGAAUUACUAUGAUCGUAUCAAAACUUUACGCCAAUUGAAUUACAUUGAUGAUUCAAAUUUGGUUUCUUUGAAAGGUCGUGUGGCUUGUGAGAUACAUCACCAGGAAUUACUGAUUACGGAGUUGAUGCUAGACAACAAAUUCCACCAUCGUUCAGCUGCAGAAAUAGCAGCUAUGCUUUCGGUAACCACAUGUCAGCAUAAAUCAAGGGAAGGUGAAUGCAGAAAAGACAUAGACGGUGAAGUCGUGCAAGCGCCAGCAGUAUUAAAGGAGUUGAAAGAUGACAUCAUUGAAGUGUGUAACAGAAUUGAAAGAAUCCAACGGGAAUGUGGUGUAAAUGAUGUUGACAUUUCUGAAGAAUUGAGCUUUGAUUUGAUGCAUGCCGUUUAUGAAUGGGCCAAUUCAAUGCCAUUCGCUGACAUAAUGCAGCUAACGGAUGCACAGGAAGGUUUAAUUGUGCGUUGCAUACAAAGGUUGGAUGAAUUAUGUCGCGAUAUACGAAAUGCCGCAAGAUUAAUUGGUGAUCCUGCAUUGUACGAGAAAAUGGACGAUACCUCGGCAGCUAUUAAAAGAGAUAUCGUGUUUACUGCUAGUCUUUAUACUGUUCUAGAUUAG